CAGACAUACAGCCGUCAUGUGUGUGAUGUAUCUUCAUGAAUGUGCUGCAGGAGUCCGGUCCGUCAGUGUGGACGUGGGCAGGGAGGAGGUGCUGGUGGAGUCGACUCUGACCAGUGCGGAGGUGCAGGCUCUGAUCGAGAGCACCGGACGCAGGGCGGUGCUGAAAGGCAUCGGAGGAUCAGACCAAGCAGAUCUGGGAUCAGCGGUGGCCAUGCUGGCGGGUGGAGGACAGAUCCAGGGCGUGGUGCGUUUCCUGCAGUUAUCGGAGGAGCGCUGCCUCAUAGAUGGGACCAUUGAUGGGUUGGAGCCCGGACCCCACGGCCUCCACGUCCACAGCCUGGGAGACCUGACCCAGGACUGCAGCAGUUGUGGGGACCACUACAACCCCUUUGGAAGACGGCACGGUGGUCCAGGAGACGCUGAGAGGCAUGUAGGUGAUCUGGGGAAUGUUGUUGCUGGACCAACGGGCAGAGCCUCAUUUCGACUAGAAGACAAUCAGUUAAAGGUGUGGGACGUGAUUGGCCGAUCACUGGUCGUGGACGCGGGGGAGGACGACCUGGGCCGAGGGAGUCACCCACUCUCCACACGGACUGGAAACUCUGGGGAAAGACUGGCCUGUGGGAUCAUCGCUCGAUCUGCUGGCCUCUUCCAAAACCCCAAACAGAUAUGUGCCUGUGAUGGGGUCACCCUGUGGGAGGAGAGAGACCGUCCGAUAGCCGGGAAAGGUCGAAGCAAGGCCAGCGCGGAGACGCCGGCAGCUCACCUGUGAACCUCGGGGAACAAACACUGAUGCCAGUUUGAACAGGAAGAGA